UUGUGUGUCUGUGUGUGUGGGCAUUCUCUCGGUAGCUUCUGCUGCUGUUUUGCCUGUUGAAUGCCCGAGCCCGCAUUCAGUUCGAUAAACAUCCUGACGCCGAGCAGAAGCAACUAGAGGAAGCACCGAACCCGCCACCUGCAGAGUCCGUCGUCGGAGGAUUUGCUUGUAUUUUUUGGUUUACGUGCCUGCUAAUCGGUUGCUUUUGCGGCGCAAUGGGCAACCAGCUGAGUGUGAACAGCAUCCAGGAUGCGGUCAUGGAUCGCCUGAGGUCGGUGGCGCUAACCACCGACGAGCAUGGUGCAAUGCGCAUCCGUUCAUUUUCCGAGGGCGGCGUUGGCGGCACCGCGGGCCAUCAUCAUCAUCAGCAUUGCAGCGGACGUGGUGGACGCAUCCUGCGCGAGAGCAGCAUCGAUGGAGGCGUUGCUGUCUUUGAUGCACUGCUGCGCGAUGAGCACGAACAUCGUCUGAGCUUGGAUGCGAUGCAUCGGGUGCGUCAUGUGCGCACCUCUUGCACUACAAUACCCGAGGAAGAAAUUCCUCACGAGGAGUUCAAUCCAAUCCAUCCUUCUACGCCCCAAGCCGCCUCCUCGCAGGAACUGGCAUUAAAUGAGAGCUAAACCAGCUGAGUGAGGAGAGCUUCGGCCAUGGCUAAA